ACAAAGAAUAAGGUACAGGCAACCAUAAUGACGCAGAGAAGGAAGGAUUCACAAAUAUUGGUCAUUCCGGCAACUUCUGCUCAAGCAUGUGUAUCACAAGCACAACGGAUUGUACAUUUGAUAAUCGAUGAGGACAAAGGUAACUCACCAUCACAGCAAGAUAUAGAAAGUAUUCCAUGGCACAUAUCGAAUCGCUACUAUGAUGUGGAUGUCCAUUUCAGAAUAUCGCAAAAUGAAGCGCUACGUCCAACCCGUUCGAUAGGAUCAAGCAGCAAAUCUCGUUUAGCUCCACGACAGGCUCGGCUAAAGCCAGAGCAUUCGGACAAACAAGCAAAGGAGGAUAAUGACGAUGCCCUCAAUCAAAAGGCUCGCGAUGUAUUUGCAGCGCUUGAAUUGGGCCCACCUCCUGCUUCUCGUGAUGCGAUAGCUUCGGCUAGCUUACCAGACACCGAUACUGAAUCUAUGGACAAUAUGCGGGAAGAAGUGAGAGAUGUACAAGCUGUGAUGGUAAUCGUGGAUAGAGAUCAGUCGCUUGCAGAACAUCGCAAGCUGAUAGAUCGACUGAACAGUGAGAAAGACGACAUACCUCUGUUAUCGGGAUUCGAUCUAGCUAUCAGUUUGAUUGUCGCACUACCUUCACCACUAAAUGAUGCUUCAGGACCAACAAGUUUCACAGGUAUCUCGCAUUCAGCCGAAGUUGAAGACCUUUAUGCCGGAGAGGGUUGGGAAUAUGUCGAUCUAGCGAAAAUUGUCAGCGAUGAUUACGACAAUAUGCUUGCAGCCGAUGAAGGAGACGAAGAGACAAGCUCCCUUUCUGAGCAUGAAGAUGAUGAGAAACAUGGCAUUGAAAGGCUGAGGGAAGCGCUAAUGACGCAUGCUUGGCCUGGGCUGGAGAGGAAGCAAGACAGGAAGCAUGCAACCACUUCGAUACAACCCGGUGGCUUGCCUGCCUUGAAUGGUGAAACGGGUGAUCACCUUUCCAAAACCCUCGAGUCCUUAAGGCUCGACCUGGACGCGAUCGAUGAAGCAGGAAUGACGCAACCGACUGAGAAAGAUGAAGAGCUCGCCAGACUAUUCAUGGCUAGAAUACAAGCAGCGCAAGAAGCCGGGAUUGGAAGUAGUGUACAACAGAAUGGAGCAAAUCCAACUCUGGCAGGCGACAGAAGUAUUGCUGAUAUGCAGACUGCAUUAGAGGACUUCUUGGAAUCGAAUGAGCCUGGUCUCUUCUCUACACAGAGCAGACAGAACAGCUCACACAUAGACGAAGCAUGGGCUGUGAAUGGAACGCAGGCGAACUCUUCUAGCCAGCAGGAGGCUUUCGAUGAUGACUUUACCGAAUUUGUUCAAGCAGAUGCGACGCAUUCAGCAAACUGCGUGGGAACCAAUGCGCUCGACUCUUUGGAUGAAGAUGAUUUGGGUUUCAUCGGUGAUGCAGAUGAUGCUUUCCUUCUUCGUGCUUUGUCCGAACAGGAGAAGAGCCGGGGAGGUAACAACGGACAGUCUCACGCAGCAGAUUCUGCCGGUCUCAACAUCGACUUUGAAUCUACUUUACAGGCUGUCCUUGCACAAGCAGAACGGGUUCGUGCUAUUCCCGAUCACGAUCGAAGGAGGGAAGAAGCAGCAAAAGUCGCACUGGCCUUGUUGGAUCAAUGAUUGCAAUUUGUUAUGUAUUAUACUACAAUGACUUUAUAUUGUACACAAGCAUUUCACUGUGCAGUCGUGGACUGCAAUUCUGCGUUACUCUUGAUCACCUUUCCUAGUGCACCCUCUAGUAAAAGUAAGGCUUUUCCUCCCAAAGGCUCUGAGAAAGGUCCAUCGAGCAUUGAUAGUAGCUGAUCGGGUAAUGCGAGUGAGAGAAACA